ACUAAGUCAUUGUGACCAAUCCGAAGUUUUGCCUUGCAACAAGGCUGUUUUGUUGACACCAGGAUGGAUUGCGUUACACUUGGUCAACAGAAUCCUGGACUUUAUUCUGUUGAUAACAAACCUGAUGAAGUUUUGCCCCGCUCUGUUGCAUGCUCAUCCUAACUUUUCUUUAAUUGGAGCUAAUGGUGACUAAUAGAAGCGAUUGGAGAGGAUGUGUUGAGCAUAAAGCUCUUUGUAAAACGCAUAUUUGUGGAUGCUAAGUAGCUUAGCAGACCCAGCCUGCGUGCCAGACUCCUUGGGGGAGCUUCAAUGUGUUGCCAUGCAACUGAAAUCUGCCGAAGGCCUUCAGAAUCCCGAGUCCUGCCGUCGAAACAACACCAACAUAUUAUUGAAAUGGGUAUGGAUAAUUAUAGCAAUUUCAUUAUAGAUUCACCACUCCGUCCUUGGUGGCUACCCUUCAUAUUGCUAUAUCUUAAUAUGUGCACCAAAAGAUUGAUUUGCAGGGGAAGAAGAUGCCAGACCAGAUUAAAAAUGUAUUUUUAGGGCACAUUUUUCCCAAAAAAAUACAAUCAAAUAAAUAAAAAUCUAUUCAGGUUAGGAUGAGGCAGCAUCUCCCGUAAUCCAUCCCCCCCGCUUGCCUGCUUUCUUGCUUGGACACACGCACGUCCAAACAAAGAUGACAUCACUGCACACUCAAACGUGACUCAGAGGCCAGCCAGUGGACCGCGAGCUCGCCCCCACGCACACGCAUACACCCAUCUGUCCAAUCCCCCCUCCCCUCCCAUCCCCAAGGCCGCCCAGGGACUCACCCAGCUGGGGUGAUGAUGAUGAGAAUGAUGAAGGCCUGCAGACAACAAGCAAAGCAUGUCACAGUCACAGUGAAUUAACGGCACGCUCUUGGGUGGCGUGCGGGGAUCAAACGGCGGCUCGUGCCACGCAAACUGCUGUGUCAUCAUCACAUAAAGUGCACCGAUAUGAAAACUGCAGCGACUGGGCGCGCACACACACAGAGAAUGGCGUAAUCUCGUGUUUCCCUUGUGUGCGAGUAAUCCUUAAUCCGGGAGUCACGGCGGGAAACCGACCAGUGAGCUGCCGAGUGAGGACUGUCUACAUAAUGGAAAGUAUGGACAUUGGACGAGCGGUGGUGUGGUGGUGGAGAGGAAGGAAGGGGGGCUUCGCUGUCAUCAUCCUCACAGUCAGCCAAUGGAGGGAGCAGGAAGAGAGAGACCCUUAUAAAGCUGAGCGGACCAUCGGCAUCCUCCUCCUCCUCCUCCUGGUCCUUUUACAAAGAUGCCGCGAUGGACGUGCUAAUGUGAGCGUCCGGCCCGGGAUUGAUUGCGCAAUGAUCGACCCCGUCGAACCCAGCGUGCCGGACGGCGCGGCGGAAGCGCCGUGCACCGUGUGCUGCUGCACGCGGACCAACAAAAUCCUCAUGGUGGUCUUCAUGGCGCUGCUGAUCUUGGCCAUCGUCUUUGGUAACCUUCUGACCUUGGCGGUGGUCUUAGGGACCAAGCGCUUCCGCACUCCGCAGGGUUACCUGAAGGCCUCGCUAGCCGCGGCCGACCUAGCGGUGGGCGUCUUCGUGGUGCCGCUAUCCGUCUACGCCGAACUCCAACUCAUGGCUGGCGAUUCUGCGCCCGAGUGGACCGCGUCCAACUCUCGCUCGAUGAGCGUCCACCCUUGCGCUGUGAUGGGACCCAUCUUCGCCGGCUGCACGUUGGUGUCCAUCACCACCAUCUUCUUAAUGAGCAUCGAGCGGAGCAUCGCCGUGCUGAGGCCGCUGCAUAAGGACUCGGUGAUCACUCGCAAACGGACCAGCAUCCUUAUCGCCUUGUCCUGGCUGGGGAGCUUCUUCCUCGCCGUGUCGCCGUUGCUCUUCAGUCGCGAGAUCGUCCUGGAGUACAACACCUGCAGCCGCAUGUGCAACUACGCCUUGGGAACCAUCGGCGAGUUCCCGUCGCAGGCCUGGAACAUCUUGCUGCUUUUCCCGGCUUUCGAUUUCACCCUGCUGGGCGGGACGGUGGCCAUCAACAUCAUCUCGCUGUCCAGCAUCCGUCAGCACUCCAAGCGCAGGAAGCACCUAGCCGAGACGGAGUGCCAGAAAGCUAGCAAGCCCACCUUCUCCGACAUCAAAGCGGCUAAGACCAUCGGGACGCUGACGGUGGCCUUCACCGCUUCCUUCACCCCCAUUGCCGUUUUUGUGGUAGGCAACGUUCUGGGCAACGAGUGGUGCAACUUCUCCUUCUUCGCCUUUUGGAUUUUGGCCAGCAACAGCUGCUGCAACGUGAUCAUCUACAGCGUGCGCGAUCACAAGUUCCGGCUGUGUGCGCAGAAGUUGCUCUUGAGAGACGCCAACAAAAGCUCGAGACGGACUUGAGUUUUCUUCUUCAUUUUUUGGGUCAAGUAUGAAUGUCAGUCAGGUGGAGUGCUAAAGUGACAUCUUGACGAGAUUCCAAUUCAGACUUGGGAUUUUUCGUUACCUUGUGGUCAAAGGGUCGUUGAUGAUGGUCCGGGUUGGCUACUCUAACCCAAAGUUGUUAAUGGGUCUGUGCAAUCAGUUGUUGGGUCAAAUUGUUAACAGGGUGUUGGUUAAUUGUUAGAAUGGAGGACGAAACCUAAACUUAACCGUCUUUGUUGCGAGCCCUGCUAACUCCCCGUUACCACCUCCGACUUCAACCUACCACGUCUAACUCCCAUUCCCCAUCCCUCCUUGCUUCCUUGCAUCCUCCUUCCUUGCUAACCCCGAAGGAGGCUCGUCUUGUUCUCUGUGAAGCUGUGCUUGAAAUGGUUUUGUCAUCUGAGCUCAAUAAUAAUAAUAAUAAUAAUAAAAAAAGGGUGUUACAGA